CGGGCUACUGCAAUCAGAUGUCACGUCGGCCUCUAUCACGCUCUCUUAUUCCACCUCUGAUUCCACCCUCGAAAUACGGUGUAACCGGCAUUCUUUCGCAUUGUUCUCAUUUAUCAAUGGCUUCCCUUCAGUUCAUUCAGAGCUGGCCUCGUGCUUGACUCAUUCGGAUUGAUUGCAGGCCCACAAGUUAUGGUUCGCACAGGAACAGGAUCUGAAGAUGGCUUGGAGGCGUCGGGGUGGCCUCCCGGCCUGCUCCAAUGUUAGUGGACACUGGGGACGUUUAGCUUCGGCCCCGCCAAUUUCGAGAAAAAAACGAAGGAUGGUUGCGGUGGAGCUGAUAACACGCGCAGGAGAUGGAUCGAUCGCUUCACCUAAAAUGCGUAGUUACCGACCUGCGUAUAAGUACGCGCCAAACGGCCCGCCGGUUUUUUCUUUCUCCCUUCCUGAUUGUCGUGCUGUCCUACAACAUGGAAAACCCCCCGCCAGCGCUCCCGCCGACGAGAAAAAGGAUCUUUCGUCGCCUGUGGAUGUCGAGCUGCAUGCCGUCCCCCUAGACGCCCUCCCCAAGAGCCGCUGGGAUCGCUUGUGGCCCGUGAUUGCUUGCGGUGCUGGUCUCUUCUCUGAUGGCUACCUAAACGGGGUCAUCGGUCCUGUCAACACUAUUCUCAGCAUACUGUAUCCCGAAACCUAUGAGACAUCCCCUGCCAGUCAGAAUGUCUCUUCCAUCGCCUUCGUGGGCACUGUCGUGGGCCAAUUAGCUUUCGGUAUCUCCAGUGACUAUUGGUCACGGAAAUGGUCCCUGUUCAUCUCGACCAUCGUGCUCAUUAUAUUCGCCGCGCUAUGUGCUGGCGCGUAUGGGGCUGACGAUAGCCAGUAUGGUCUUUUUGCCGCUCUCACAGCUUAUCGUUUUUUCCUGGGUAUCGGAAUUGGCGGUGAAUACCCAGCUGGGUCCGUUGCAUGCGCCGAGAGCACUGGCGAGUUAGAGUCGGGCACACGUAACCGAUGGUUUAUCAUCUUCACUGACUUCAUGAUCGACUCUGGCUUCGUCGUUGCCGCUAUCGUGCCUACCAUUCUCGUCGCCAUCUUCUCCGAAAACCAUCUGCGCGUUGUCUGGCGUAUUGCCUUGGGCCUGGGUGUCAUUCCUCCAUUGAGUCUCCUCUGGUUACGAUACAAGCUGAAAGAGCCCGAAGAGUUCAACCGAGAGCGCAUGAAGAACUACCCGUACUGGCUGAUUAUCAAGUAUAAACAGCUCACUAUUGGCCUCAUCUGGUUUCUGUACAAUUUCUCCUCUUUCUCCUUUAGCAUCUACUCGUCUAGAUGGAUCAAAAUUAUCAUUGGAUCGGAUGCGCCGCUGUGGAAAACCUUUGCCUGGUCGAUCGUCACCAACGCCUUCUACCUUCCCGGAUCUUUUGCUGGUGCAUUCAUCAGUGACUGGAUCGGCCCCAAGUCUACUCUCGCCUGGGGUGUCUUUGCGCAAGGCGUGGUUGGCUUCAUCAUGACGGCGGCUUACAAGCAAUUGGCUACUCCGGAAUAUGUCGCCGCUUUCGUUGUGGUCUUUGGUAUCUUCUCGGCUCUUGGCGAGCUCGGUCCUGGUGACAACAUCGGUCUGCUCGCAUCUAAGAGUUGCUCGACAUCUGUCCGAGGACAGUAUUACGGAAUUGCUGCUGCUACUGGAAAGAUCGGCGCCUUUGUGGGCACCUAUGUUCUCCCGAUUGCCCAGAAGAAUGCGCCCAACGAAGUCCGCGCCGGCCAAGAUCCCUUCUUCAUCUCCAGCUCGCUGUGCAUUUUCAGCGCCAUUCUCUGCUGGCUUUUCGUGCCUCACAUCGGACAGGAUACUAUUGCUGAGGAGGACAUUCGUUUCCGUGAAUACCUGGUCGCCAAUGGAUACGAUGUGUCGACGAUGGGCAACAAGUCGGAGUGAUCAGUGCUCACUACUUCCAGCGCGUUAUAUAGAUAGUUACGAAUAACAUCAAUAACUCCCUGGUACCAGUCUUAUUGUAACUUCAAUAAUCUCCAUAUAGUCACUAUAUUAUAGUGUACCCCAC